GACCAGCUCGUCGUCGCGGUGUGGUCCGCGCGUUGGUGCAGGAAGUGCAAGUACUUGAAAGCGAAGCUCGAAAAGUUUUCCGUGUUUUUCCCUUCGCUGACGUUCAGCGUCUUGGAUGUGAACGCGAUGCCCGGGGAGGUAAUCAAAGACGUGGACGUGACGCAGAUGCCGACGAUUCAGAUUUACAGAAACCGGGAGAUGCUGAAGGAGAUCAUCGGCGCGGAC